AUAAUUUUCUACUCAACUCAGGCAGUUUUCAACAAACAUGAAGAAAGGAUCAUUUUCAACACAACUCAGGCAGUUAUCAACAAACACUUUAUUUUAAAAUUCAAACUUACAAUAACAUUCAGAUCAAAUAUGACAGCGGUUUCUAAGUAAAUUCUGUCCAGAGAAGAUAAUAUUAAGAAAAUAUGGGAGAUCAGGAAACAAACCAACAGUACAGAAAACCAAAAUAAACGAGUCAGUCAUCGAUUAAUAUUGUCUUUGGUCUCAUGGAUGUUUAAAGCCUUCUAUUCUGUUCUACCAGAUAAGCUCAGGGAAUCCACAAAUUACUGGCGAGAACAGUCCUGCAAGCUCAGUGCCGCUUCAAUGUUGGGUGGUGUUCAAUGCAAUCGUUACUGUCUUGCAAAAGUUGCCGGUUUCGAGCCCACAGCGUUGCGCAGGCAGAGUUUUUGGCCUCAAGCAUCGUUUUUAGCGCGCAGAAGCCUAAAUGCUUCGGGCACAUUUGUGUCAACUGACGGAAACCGCCUCAUUGGUUCGAAUCUCGUCCACAGCUCCAUUCCUGAACCGCGAACAGCUUGUGAAGGAAUGGCAGACAAAAAUAUUGAGGGAAAUGAUGUAUUUGUGGGGUUAGGAGGGGAGUCGGAGGCGCCUGUAAAGAUAUGCCAAACGCAUACUUUGCCUGCUGCUCUUACAAUUGCAGAGGCUGUCACUACAUUGCAGUCCGCUGUUAAAGAUUUGAAAUCCAGUCCGCCUACCUUUGAGAGCGGGAUAUUGCGGUUUCAGGUACCUCUUCCACAAGACAUAAAGGCUUUAGAUUGGCUCCAUUGUCAGCCUCAAUCUUGUAGAUUAUAUCCACGUUGUUAUUUUUCACCAAAGAGUUAUGAAGGCAGUAUUGUUGAGUCGACUUCAACAUAUGGGAUUGAUAAGGACAUGGAGCGAUUACAUAAGAAUAUUGCAAGAGGUGUGGCAGGAGUUGGAUCGGCAGUUCUGUUUAAAAAUUUCCACCAUUUCUCCAUCAAAGAUUGGAAGGCAAUAAGGAGGUUUCUUUCAGUGGAUUCUCCUCUCAUAAGAGCAUAUGGAUCCAUUCGCUUCAAUUCCGAAACAGAGCCAGCAAUUGAAUGGUUGGAAUUUGGUUCCUUCUACUUUGUUAUUCCACAGAUUGAAUUGGAUGAGUUUGAGAACUAUACUAUUCUAGCAGCAACGAUUGCAUGGGACCAUUCCCUCUCAAGGGCCUUCGAAGAUUCAAUUAUUGCACUUGAAUUAUCUUUGCAGCAGGUCUCUUGCCAAGUGAUGGAAACUGGAAAAAGGCUUCAUUUAUCACGGAUUAAAAAGAGUUGUGCCCCAGAUGAGCUUUUUUGGGAAGCAGCUAUUGAGGAAUUAUCAAAAAUGUCUGGCUCAAAUUUUUCAAAGGUUGUUCUUGCUAGGAGGACUCAGAUCUCAACUGAAACUGACAUUGAUUGCUUAGAAUUGAUGGCUUUUCUUCAGGAGAAGGAUCACUUUUUCCAGUUCUUUAUUCAACUCUCCAACUCAACUACUUUUAUGGGAAAUACGCCACAACAACUCUUGCAUAGGAAUGGGCUUCUUGUUUCAACUGAAGUCAUAUCUCGAAGUUACUCUCAAAGGCAUACUCUUAUAAAGAAUCCACAAAAAGGAUCCAGUUUUUUACAGUGGUCCUCCAGUGACUUGGAAAAUCAUUGCAGUUUUGAGAUCAUGGAAGAGGCUAUGAAAAGUCAAAUGGAGCUUAUUUGCAAACAUGUCCGUGUUGGAGCAAAGGUGCAGCAUCUAUUUUCUUGUUUGAUUGGUGAACUGAGAAGUGAGACAAGUGAAUUUGCCCUUUUGUCAUUGCUUCAUCAAAAUGCAGCAGACUGUGGACACCCAAUUGAAGCUGCAGAGAUUUUUAAGAAGCAGAUUGAUACAUUUGAUCAAGGACUUUAUGGCGGACCAGUGGGUUGGUUUGGAGGCAAGGAUGCUGAGUUUGCUCUUGCAACUGGAUCAGUGCUAGUGCAAAAGAACAUUGGUACAAAAAUAUUUCUAUAUUCAGAAGCUGAAUUACAAAAAGAUGACCAGUCAUCUUCUAUAUGGUGCAAACAUGAACUCAUGGCAAGCCAGUUUGAGGCCUUGCUUGAGCCUUAUCCACAGUUACAACAGUUUGCUAACAUCAAUGCUUUAUGGGCAUAUCUAAUGGUUGAGGAGUGCUGUCGACUUGGUAUAACAUACUUCUGCAUAGCACCAGGAUCAAGAUCAUCUGCACUUGCAGUGGCUGCUGCACAAAAUCCUCAUGCCUUGUGUAUUUCGUGCAUUGAUGAACGUUCUCUUGCAUUCCAUGCUUUGGGAUAUGCAAGGGGGUCACACAAACCUGCAGCAGUCAUAACAUCAUCUGGAACAGCUAUUUCAAACCUCUUCCCUGCUGUGGUAGAGGCAAGUCAGGACUGUAUUCCAUUGUUGUUGCUUACAGCUGAUCGUCCUCCAGAACUACACGAUACAGGAGCAAAUCAAACAAUAAAUCAGGUCAAUCACUUUGGUUCAUUUGUGAGGUAUUUCUAUAAUUUAGCUCCACCUGAUGAUCAGGUUCCUGCCAGGAUGGUACUUACUACAAUUGAUACUGCAGUAUUUAGAGCCACAGGGGUGCCUUAUGGUCCUGUACACAUAAAUUGUGCGUUUAGAGAGCCAUUAGCAGGAAUUUGUUGCGAAUGGAGUUUAAGAUGCUUAAAAGAUCUUGAUAGGUGGAUGUCAAAAUCAGGGCCUUUUACGAAAUACAUGCAAGUACUACAAUUAGAUUAUAGUGAGAAACUGAUAGAUGUACGUGACCGAUACAAAGAAGUUGUGGAUCUUAUUCAAGGAGCAAGUCGAGGAAUUUUAAUUCUUGGGGAUCUUAAGACAGCUGAGGAGACAUGGGCAGCUUUAUUACUAGGAAGACAUCUUGGGUGGCCAAUUGUUCCUGAUGUUUUGUCAGGAUUGCGCCUAAGAAAAUUGGCUUCCACAAUUGCUGAAGGUGAAAUGAACCUACUUUUUAUAGAUUUCCUGGAUCAUGUUCUUCUUAGCAGCUCAGUAAGGCGAUGGAUGUCUCCAGAUGUGGUGCUGCAGGUGGGCAGCAGAUUAACAAGUAAACGCAUUGCUAAACUUUUGGAGGAUUGUAGACCAGAUGUUUAUAUUAUGGUUGCAAAUCAUCCAUACCGUCAUGAUCCAUCACAUAUAUUGACACAUCGGAUUCAAGCCUCUGUUGUUGGAUUUGCUGCUGCAAUCAGAGAAUUACAUGUCCCUAAAGGAAUGGCAAGUUGGAGCAAAUGGCUUAAAGUCUUGAAUGAUAUGGUUGGUUGGGAAAUUUCUUUCCAAUUGAAUGCGGAGCCCUUGUUAACUGAGCCAUUUGUAUCUCGGGCAGUAUCUCAAUUCUUAUCCCCAGGUUCAGCAUUUUUUCUAGGCAACAGCAUGGCUAUCCGCAAUGCAGACAUGUAUGGAUUGGGCUGGUCAAAACUUCCGAUAAGUUUUGCACAUGACAUGUUGGACCCACUGCUACCCUUUUUAGGUUUAAAAGUUGCUGGGAACCGUGGAGCAAGUGGAAUUGAUGGAGUGUUGAGUACAGCUAUAGGCUAUGCUGCAGGCAGCAAUCGAAGAGUAGUGUUUAUGGUGGGAGACAUAUCAUUUCUUCAUGACACAAAUGGAUUAACAUUUUCAAAGGAGAGGAUAGGACGACCUCCUAUAACUGUUGUAGUCACAAACAAUCAUGGAGGUGGAAUUUUUAGUCUUCUUCCAAUUGCAGAUACAGCACCCAGAACAGUAUUUAGAAAUUUCUUCUCAACACCACAUGAUGUCUCGAUAAGCAAACUGUGCCUUGCACACCGGGUAAAUCAUAUGCUUGUUCGAACAAAGGAAGAGCUUGAGAGCGCUUUGUUGAUCUCUCAGGAAGGAAAACUUGAUUGGGUGAUUGAAGUAGACAGUAAUAUUGAAGAGAAUAUCACACAUCAUAGAGUUAUACAGCAGUCAGCCCUUCAAGUUGCAGAGCAUGCUUUCAAUAUCCUUUCCAGAUAUUCUGAAUAUACUGACAUGGAGAUUAAUACUUCUGAAAUUUGUGUUCUCAAAAUGGAAUAUUCACGUUACAGGAUUCCACUCUUUGCUCCACUCACAACUGCUAGUAAGAAAAAUCAAUCUGAAGAAACAUAUAGGGAAGGGUUUCUCUUGACACUCAUUCUUUAUAAUGGGAACAAGGGAUAUGGUGAAGUGGCUCCUGUAGGACCGAACAGUGAAGAUAUGCUGGAUGUUGAAGAGCAAUUGAGAUUUCUUGCUUAUAGAACACAUAAUAUGUCACUGGGUUUUCUCAUGUCUCUAUUGAAUGACACUUUCUCUGGAUGGAUAUGGCGAGAUAUAGGAAUACCUGCAUGUUCCCUCUUUCCAAGUGUGCGUUGUGGUUUGGAAAUGGGAGUCCUCAGUGCAUUAGCAGCAACCAGAGGUGGUAAUAUUGCAGACUUGCUUCUUGGUACCAAAAAUUUGCAGAAUGUUUUAGGCAAGCAAGAAUCACCAUAUAUUUCCAGAAAUCUUUCAUCAAAGGUGCAAAUAUGUGCACUUCUAGACUCAGACGAUCCUCCAGAGGAGGUUGCUUUAGCUGCAGCAAAAUUAGUUGAGCAAGGUUUCCAUACGGUAAAAUUGAAGGUAGCUCGUAGAUCUGAACCCCUAGAGGAUGCAGCAGUUAUUCGAGCUGUUCGACAAAAGGUUGGGCAUCUAAUUGAAAUUCGUGUGGAUGCAAACCGUAAAUGGACAUUUUCUCAAGCAAUGCAAUUUGCAACUGGUGUGAAGGACUGCAAUCUACAAUAUAUUGAAGAACCCGUGCAGCAUCCAGGGGAUAUCAUAAGGUUUUGUGAUGAAAGCAACAUGUUUGUAGCAUUAGAUGAGACUAUUGAUGACAUUAAAGACCAUCUUCUUGACAGGCUUUCCAUUUUUGCACAUCCUAGAAUUGUGGCAACCGUGAUGAAACCUGCUCGCCUGGGUGGUUUUGAACGUGUGGCAUUAAUAGCCAAGUGGGCAAAUAAGCAUGGGAAGAUGGCAGUGGUCAGCGCAGCAUUUGAAAGUAGUGUCAGUUUGUCUGUGUAUGUUCAGUUUGCCUGUUUCAUUGACAACAGGAACAUAGGAAUUAGAGCAAGUGAUAAAACCAAAACUCCAAGGAUUGCCCAUGGCCUUGGAACAUAUAGUUGGCUCCGUGAUGAUGUAAUGAAAGAAAAACUGCAAUUCCAGGUGUACCCAGAAGGCGACAGAAUUGAAGUGGAUGUGAAUGAUGCUGCAACUAUUCUUCAAAAUAUGGUAGUAAAUCCUGAUACUGUCAAUCCAAGCUGUGUCGGAGCAAAGAUUAAGUCGUAUAAAAUGGCAGUGCUUUAUAAUGAUGCUUGCUUCUCUUUUCAUGUAAUGGACACUGGAAUAAAUGACCAAACUGAGAAAACAGUACUCUUCCUCCAUGGUUUCCUUGGCACUGGGAAAGAUUGGCUGCCAAUAAUGGAAGCUUUAUCAAUCUCUGUAAGAUGUAUAUCAAUUGAUCUACCAGGACAUGGAAAAACGAGUGUGCAGAAGGAUUGCAAUACCUUCCAAAAUAAUGGGAAUGCUCAAAUUCUUUCUUCAGAAGUCAAUAAUCAGAGUAACCUGACAGAAAGAAAUUUCUCAAUAGAAUACCUUUCAGAAGUUCUAUCUGAGCUUAUAUGCCAAAUUACUGAGAAAAAGGUGGUUCUUAUUGGAUACUCAAUGGGAGCAAGGAUUGCAUUAUACAUGACCUUGAAAUGCAAUAAGAGGAUUUCUGCCACUGCAGUUAUAUCUGGAAAUCCAGGACUGCAAAAUCCUGACAUGAGGAUAACCAGGUCUGCACAGGAUGAUGCUUUGGCUGAACUAUUACUUAGUACUGGCAUACCAUCUUUCGUAGAAAUGUGGUAUAAAAAAGAGAUGUGGGAAAGCUUAAGAUCUCACCCACAUUUCAAAAAAUUAAUUCAAAGACGCAUUCAGCAUGGUAACAUCAAAGAUAUGGCAAAGAUGUUGUCUUCACUAAGCAUUGGCCGACAACCGUCUCUAUGGCAAGAUUUAAGUGGCUGCAAGGUGCCUCUUCUUGUCAUUGUGGGAGAGAAGGAUAGUAAAUUCAUGAAAAUUGCUCAGCAAAUGUCUAGUCAAAAAGCUGAUACCCAAGAACAUGAAAAACAAAGAGAAGAUCAAUUUCAUCAGAUCACAGUAUUGGAGGUUGAUGAAUCUGGUCAUGCUGUGCUCUUCGAGAAUCCAUUGCCUGUAAUUAAUGCAAUACGAAAAUUUGUUAUGUGAACACCUGACCCAGGCUUAAAUUUUUAGACUCAACUUCUACUUACCAUUAUUACUCAUGGUGGCAAAAAUGUGUUUUCAUUGGAAUUCUCAAAUUAUUGUAUAGUUGGGAUUAAAUUCUCUGCAAAAAGAAGAUUCUAGAGGAUAGAUUGAUCUGAUUCAAGAAACUCGAGAAAUGAUAUGCAGAGAGAAAUGGUAGCAUUUGUUUCCAUGUACUCCCUCCAAAUCCACUAGCCCUGUAUUGGCUAAAGAUUGAAAGGGUUUAUCAAUAUCUUAACUGAGUUGCAGGAUUAUAAAGUCUUUAUCUUUCUUAGAA